AUGGGCUAUGGCAUUGGGAACCAUAGCCCUUACAAUGAUCAUGGCACAGGCGUUCGCUACUUGAUGAUCCUGGCGUCGUUCGUGGACGAAGCGAACUUCGAAGCCUACGGAGAGGACAUCAUAGUUAAGCUUGCUUCGGCCGAAGGGGACCUCAGCUUCAUUACCGAACAGGCUUUCUGGGGAAUCCUCACUCUAGUUGCGGUUCCUAGGUCCAAUUACCUGAUACUAGACCUACAUGGUGUAGUCCUCCGGCCGCCAACCUAUGGCCACUCUGGACACGUGCCGAACCGCCUCUCCCUACUUGCAAAUGUCAGGGAUGAUGACCUUUAUGAGGCCGCUGCCGAGCAGAUUGGCAGUACCGUCUCCCAGCUCUGCUUUCAGAAAGAUCCUAGCGGGUUCUCUCAGGGAGACUUUACCUAUAGAGGUAGGCUUGGGCCGAUGCCUCCUCGAUUCUUCGAUGCGUCGAUCCACAAGUCCCCGUCGUUCGAUGGUAGACUCUACUGCCUCAUUCUCGACCCGUGGAUCCAGUGGACCUCCUUCUUGUUGCAUGCAAACCUUCCGGUAAUUGGAUACGGCGCUGCCAUCCCACCUGUUCUUGACCUCGCUGACUUACUGUUCGAUGGUGAUGGCUGGGAGCAGGAACCACCGCUUGCCUUUUCCUCCUCGUUCUCACACUUCUGGGUGCUCCACGAGGGAGGCUCUCGCGGGAUUGAUGCCGAUUACCAUAAGAUCGACACUGCCUAUGGCUUUCAGGAAUUUGCUGCUGAUGCCCUGCAGUUCGCUCAUUACCGUACCACUCUUAAAACAGCUGCGCCCAGGGUUGAAGAUGCUGUCUACAAGGGAGUAUUGUGUAAGGCUGUUGUCCUUGUCACUGAAUGUCUCCCAACCCUUCCUGUGCCUCCUGCUCGGAUCACUACGCCUCUGACGGUCGUGUUCCUUGAUAUGAGGCCGGUACUGCGCGGCUUUGAGUGGCGUAUCCUUGUCCGAGGUGAAUCAGACCUUGAGGUCUUCAAGCAAGGUCUUCGCAUUGAGGUCCCGGAGGGCUUUGCGCUUCGGAUUGUUGGUGGCAGACCUCGAGUCUGGAAUGCAGCCAUCGAUGGCUUUCCUUGCCGGUCCGUCAUCAUUGUCAGUGAAGCAGACCCACAAAAUCAUGCUGACACUUCUUGGAUACUCAUCGACGUCCGGGGCCUGUUUCUCGGAUGGCGUUCUAUACCAGCGCCCCGUGGCCAGAUCUCCUGUCGUGAUAUCCUUGAUGAUCUCCUUCGGGAGUUGGGCUCCGGAUGGAGGUUGUGGUUCCGGGAUUUGCCACUGCAUACAGACCUCCUUGAGGUGCGCACGGGCCAAAUCUUUGUAGUAGAAGUACUGCACGACAGGGCUAUUCCGCCAGCGGGCCGGAUCCAAGAAGUGCAGCCUGAUGAGGCCGCCGAUGGGCCGGUUGAUGCGCUCUCUCAUGGCUCUGCUGACCGUAAUCCAUCAGCCAGCGGGGAUCCGGGUGGGUCCUCGGCUGCUUCUGCUGCAGAGCCCCACUCUGUGCUAGGGGCAGAUGGUGUAACUCCUGACCCACCCACCGACGCCGGUUCUCAUGACAGGCAAGGUUUACAGACUGGAGUCGCCUUUGCCGAGGUUCCUUUUCUUCUGCUUAAGCCGAACUUUGCUCAGGUUGCACUUGUGGUUUGCAUGCCCCACUGGCGACACCCGGGUUCAAUCAUUGCUAUCGAUGGCCGUGCCAUCAACAAUAGGAUGGUGACCUGGUUGUCAUUCGGCCAGUCAACGCAGGCAUUCAUAUCGUUCAUAGCCUGGCAGAUCGUCUACAGACCGGGGAUGGGUGGGCAGUCCCAGCCCAUAGGCAACAUAGAGCCCGACAAGCAAUCGCUGAGAGCCUUGGCAUUCGUAACCAGGUUCGCAGGUAGAUGCCCGCCUGGCUACUGCAUUGGCCGUAUUGUGCAGGGGACCCGUUUCUGCCCUUUGCAAGAUCCCUUUCUUAUUCAGGAUGGUGAUGUCGUCACCCUCGCAUUCCGGGGUACACAAGCAGAAACAGAUGAGCUCGGUCCUGGGCCUGAUGACUCCCCGGGACCGUCAGGCUGGGGGGGCGAGGAGGAUGAGCCCUGGAGGACCCUACUAGAGCAGACCGAAGAAGCCAUCUCGGGGGAGGCCUUCUUCCUCGCCAGCACCCUCGUAGAGACAUUGAUUGAGCACUUUACACCACCCAGUCCUGCUCCUCCACUUGCCAUUUCUCUAGCUGACCAUUUGCCCAGAUGGGUACAGUACGAUCUCAGCUGUGUCACCCUCGGUCUUGGCAAAACGUUUGAUGAUGUUGCGCCGUUUCUGCAGGGUGGAUGGCCUUUGCCACAUACCCUCCCGGAUGGACUUCGCCUGCGUCAAGCUACUGUACGGGCGCUGGCCGAUAGCAGCUGCUCAGCCGCUUCUGAUACUGUUGGUACUGAAAUCUAUACCGAUGGUUCCUUUAAUGGUCGGAUCAGUGCUUGGGCCUUCGCUGUCAUUGACCUGGCUCCUCCCCACCGUAGCCUCAAAGGGUGGUGCCGUGGAACAGUCGCCUUGAAGGGUGAGCCAGCCUAUAUAGGAUCUGGACUGACUCCUCGGCCGUUGUUGGACAGACUAGCGGGCGACCCUUUCAAUGAACUAGUCGAUGUGCUCGCCAAGGGUCAUUGGAUCCCUGACACAAUCAUUCCAGACUUCAGGGUUCUGAGCUGGUCGCCUAGGCACCUCUUUGCUAAAUGCAUCAGGGGCGGCCUUCGUUUCUUGAUUGCGGUUUGCCACGCACCAACCGCAACUGACCCCUUAAGGGAUUCCUGGUGGGGUCAGUUUGCUGUCGACCUUCGUGGCUACGCUGGGAACUUGCCUGUCGUUAUUCUUGGAGAUCUUAAUCUUCGCCUCACCGAGCCUUGGGGAGAUAGUGUUGGUGAUCUGUGUUGGGAGGAGGGCGCUAGUCCUCCACCCCCCUUCCUCCGUCUGCUUGCACAUCAUGCACUCUGGAUACCGUCUACCUUCACUGCUUGCCACAGGGGGCUCUCCCAUACCUGGGUCUCGCCUGGACAGGGGGCACUUUCCCGCAUCGACUAUGUCAUUGUGCCCCAAGCUUGGGGGGCUGACAGCGGCUCUUCGAGAGUCCUAUACGAUGUCGAUUUUGGCCAGGCUGGCCUUGACCACUAUUCUGUUUACCUUGAGGCCUCUGCCCUUCUGCACGCUUCAUGUUCGAAGGGGCGCCGACCCCCUCGGAUCGAUGUCAGUUGUCUUCACUCCCCCGAGAAUGCCAGCAUCGUUCAGGCCAUUUGUAAGACGGCCCCUGCGGUCCCAUGGUGCAUCGAUGCUCACACACAUUAUGACCUGUUUGCCAGGCACCUGGUUGACCACCUAGCGCUGGCCUUUCCUGCCCAACAGGCCACUAAGUGUAAGACUUUCUUUUCAGAGAGCACGUGGUCCUUCCGACAGCAACGCGUCAGCUUGCGCAAGCUGGCCCAUAGAGCCUCGGCAUGGAUUACUCACUAUGAGAUACGCAUUGCUUGGGUUGCUUGGUGCUGUGAAGGCCCUUUUGGGUGGGCUGGUCUGCUGUCUCUGGCCGAUCUACUGCGCAGCAUUGCCGACCUUCGCCGCAGCGUUGGCGACCUCCGCAACCUUAAGACGACAAACGCAGCUUCACGCAUGAAGCUGCACGAGCUGCAGCCACAUGCAAGGCCGCUGGGAAAGACAGGGUCCCUGCUGACCUUCUCCGUGUCUGUCCCUCUGGACUAUCUCGGCGGCAAUGCAGCCGGUAUUUUGAAAAUAUCGCCCAACCACUGCAAGUCGGCGGUCGAGCGAUGCCGGGCCAACAGGAUGAGCUGCGCUAUUAUUUUCCUGGAUUUAAAAGAAGCCUUCCACCGGGUGGCCCGAGCAUUGGUUCACGGCGGCAAACCAGAUGAGGCAUCUAUCCAUAAUGUGAUAGCCACGCUUGGCCUCGACCCCGAGGUCGGCCCGCGCCUACAAGCCUAUGUAAGGGACCACUCGCUCAUCCGUGCUGCAGGCGGCCCUGUCGCGCUUUCUUCCAUGGUGGAAGAAACGAACUGUGACACCUGGUUCGCACAUGGGGUCCUUGAAGGGACCGCGGUUGUGAAGGCUGGCGCCCGUCCCGGAGACAACUUAGCGGACCUCAUCUUUUCCUUCCUCUUCGCUGAGUUGUUGAAAGUCCUUCGCCAGCGCUUCCAGAAGGAGGGACUUUCAUGUGCGCUGCCCUGGAAUGAGCAAUGGUUGGGCGCUGGCCCCGCUGUUGCAGAUACUCUGAGCCCAGAUGAGGCUACCAGGCCGAUCGACGUGACCUGGAUGGAUGACUUGGCGCUCCUUGUCGCGGAUUCUCGACCUGAAGGGUUAUUAGAUAAGGUAACUGCAGUGGCAACGGCUACUUUGGACGAGUGUAUGAAAGCCACAUUGGUACCGAAUCUUGCAGAAGGCAAAACGGAGUGCGUUAUAGCUCUCUACGGCCCAGGGUCUAAGAAGACAGCAGCUGCAGUUUUCCGUGGCAGCUCUCCAGAUCUGCCCCUGCACUCCAGUAUCUGGCCAGAUGCCAGGCUACGCCUGGUUUCAACGUAUAAACACGUAGGGGGCCUUGUCCAGGCUGGGGGAGGCACGAGCAAGGAGGUUCGUUCUAGGAUAGGAUCCGCUUGGGCUGCCUUUCGCCAACAUCGACGACAGGUGUUCUCCUCCCCGCUUGUGCAGAUAAGGGAUAAGUCAGUUCUCUUUACUGCCGUCGUUGAGUCCACCAUGUUCUAUGGUGUUGGGGCCUGGCCUGCCUAUGAUGCAGCUGCAACGCUCAAGUUCCAAGGAACCCUUAUGAGCAUGGCACGUCUAAUGCUCCGGCCACGCUUCUCAUACAUGCAGGCAAGACACCUCAGCGGUUUGUACGCGCUCUCCUGCUCGCGUAUUCUGCCAGCAGAAGCCAGUAUUGCUCUCGAGAGGCUUCGGCACUUCCGACUUGUUGUCUCUAAGGGGUGCGCUGAGUUUUGGGCAUUACUACACGCUGAGCAAUCCUGGCUGUGCCAAAUGCAGCAAGCGCUCAGUUGGGCUGGUACGUUGCGCGGGCGAGCUGGCCUGACCGAUCCUGAUGUGUCUGAUUGGACGACCGCCGCUGACAUAGCGCGAAAAGAGACCAGUCGAUGGAAACGGCUGGUAAAACAGACCAAGGUCAUAGCUGGCCUGGACUCCCUUUGGACCGCAGAGGUCCAACAGUAUCAUGGCCUGCUUUUCCGACAGUUGCGGCUCGCAGGGGCCUAUCUUGACGAGGUCGUUGCCGAAGCUGCUUCCCCUGAGAUUUGUGCACCGUGCGGACAGGUGUUUUCUGACAAACGUUCGUGGUCGCACCACGCGUUUAAAGUCCAUGGACGCGUGCGUGAGGAGCGCCAGCUCGUCACGGGCCAGCAAUGCCCGGUAUGCUUGCGUCACUACCGUAGCACCGAAAAGCUUUGCAAUCAUGUACGGUACUCCUCUGCAUGCAAGUCAGCCCUUAUCUGUGCUGGCACUGUCGUCGAACCCACCCCGGGUGUCGGCAGCAAAAAGUUUUUGGAUGGUUCCAAGUCACAGCUGCCUGCUGUUCAGGCGCAGGGACCUACCCAACAGUGGCAACCAGAUCGGCCGCUCUUCGAGGAACACAGGCCUUCUGCUGAGGUCCUUACUGCACUGGAGGAUCUCCUCUGCAAUGAUAGCGACACAUGUCAGUCCUACCAGGACGUCCUUGAAGCAUAUCGCAAAGCCUUUAGCUGCCACUGCCUCCAGCUCUCUCGUCUUAGAGCUACUGCCCAAGAGUGGCAGAAACGACUCCAGGAGACCUAUUCCUCUGAUGAGGAGUGGUCUGUCCAUUGGAGUAGCUGGCACAGCAAAGCUGCGGACCUGAUCCAGAGGGUCUCAUGGAAUGAUUGGCUUGUUCCUGACCCUGCUGCUCCCAAGUUUGCUGUCUCCACUUUUAAGGACGCCAGCACCCAGCUGCCUUGGCUCCUCUUUGACCAUGUACAUCUCCCCUUACCUCGCACCACUGGUCAGAUUGGACGUGUUGUAGCCGAGAAGGACCCUGGAUUUGGGACAUUCCUCUCGCACAAGGAGGCAUCAGAUUCUCCUGAACGUCUUGAUGUUGACAAGUGGACAGCUCAGAGUGUUGCUAAUUCUGUUACACUCUUCUCCUGUCUCGGACUGCUUGCGUCUCUCACGCUUCUUGGGCCCUUCCGCUCGUACAGGGAAGUUGAACCAAGGCUGCGCAGUCUGCGUCUCUUGUCAGACCUUGUUCGAGGCACCUUCCGCCUCUGGAUGCAGGGUCAUCCGUGCGUUCUCAUUGCCCAUACCCUCAUUUGCCCUGGUUUGGCAGCCCUUGGCAAGGUCGCACCCUUCUCAGUCUCGAAAGGAGACCGAACGGUGUUUGGCAAUGUUCCAUGCACGGAGUUUUUGUCUUUGUUCACCUAA